AUGGCGAAGGAAGCGAAGAAGACAAAGAAGCAAGAUAUCGCCGCUGUGGAAGGCAGCAACGCCGCCACGCCGUCUGAGUCCACCAAGGUUGCAAAGAGCAAAAAGGCGGACAAGAAGCGGUCGUGGUUUUCUUUCGGGACGAAGAAGGACUCAAGCAGCUCCGAAGACGAAACUCCCAAGGAAGAAGUGAUGUCGAAGCCGGUACCCGCCCACCAAAGCUCAGACGAGUCAGAUUCCGAAUCGGACAAUGACUUCGUCGUCGUGCCCAAGGGGAAACCGGUGAAACCAGCUUCUAAGAAGAACAACGCCAGCACUGAUGCCGAUAAGAAGAAGGGCAAAGAUGUGGAAAAGUCAACCGAUGCUAGUGUCUCUAAGAAGGCAUCAAGCAAGAAAGCUGCAACGAAGAAGGAAGUGAUCGCCGAAAAGAAGCCAGUCGAUAGUUCGGAUGAUGACAGUGAUGACGACGAUUCAAGCGAAGAAAUUGUACCUGCCAAGGUGGCACCAAAAGAUGAAAAGGAGGCUGUGGCUAAGGCGGACGACGAUUCUGACGAAGAUGACAGCGAUUACGGUGACAGUGAUGAUGAGGACAGUGACUCUGAGGAUGACGAGGAAGAAGAUGAAGACUCCGAAGAAUCCUCGGAAGAGGAUAAGAAGAGCGUUAAAGUUGACACGAAGGCCCUGAAAAAGGCCGAGGAAGAGAGUGAAGACUCAGACGAAUCCUCAGAUGACGAAGAAGUGCUGCCGGCGAAGACCGCCCAGAAGGUGGUGAAGAAAGAGGAGAAGAAACCAGCCAGUGACGACGAUAGUGAUGACAGCGACGAUGAGAGUGAUGACGAGGACAGUGAUGAAGAUGAUAGCGAAGAUUCGGAGGACGUGGUGAUGGCGCCUGCCAAAACUACGAGCGAGAAAGAGAAGAAGGCCAAGGAAGAGCCGAACAACAAAAUGGAUGUGGACGAGGACAGCGACGACGAUGACGAUAGCGAUGAAGAUGACGACUCCUCGGAUGAGGAUAGUGAUGAAGAGGAUGAGAAGGAAGAAGAUUCCGAAGAAUCGUCGGAGGAAGAGGAAGAAGAGAAGGCAGGAAAGAAGGAUGAAGAAAAUGAAGAAGAAGAUGAUGAAGAAGACGAGGAUUCCUCGGACGAAGAAAUGGUGAAGCCAACACCCCCUCCCGCUGCCAAGGCACCGAAAGAAGCUAAGAAGCCCGCCAAAAACGCAGAGAAAGGAAACGAUAUGUCUCCCGCCGACAGCAAGGGUGGCAGAAACGAGAUUUACUGCGGCGGCCUGCCCUUCCAGAUAACUGAGGAGGAGGUCAAGGAGCUUUUCGAGUCGGACUGCGGCCCAAUCGUCCGUAUCAACAUUUUGCAACGCAAGGGUAUUGCGUUCAUCACGUUCGCCAGCGAUGAAGCGGCUCAGAAGGCAGUUGAAUACAACGACACCACCUACCAGGGAAGGUCGCUGAAAAUCAACAUCACGGCCGACCGCCCCAAGCCAGCGCGCCAGCAGGGCUUCGGCGAGCAAGAUGACAUACCUCAAAGCGGCACGGAAGUUUGCAUUCGCAACCUGAGCUACAACUCUUCUGAGGAGGGCCUGCGCGAGCUGUUUUCCGAGUGCGGUGAGGUUGUGCGCUGCGUCAUCCCCAAGUUCGAAGACACUGGCAAGAGCAUGGGACGCUGUUUCAUUGGGUUCGCAACUGAAGAGGCUGCAGCUAAAGCCGUGGAGUUCGACAACACUGAGAUCGAUGGCAGGACCGUCAGCAUCCAGUACGCCCGCCCGAGAGCCCCUAGGGGAGACUUCCGCGGCGGUCGCGGAGGAUUCGGAGGCGGCCGUGGACGUGGCAACAUGGGAGGCCGCGGAGGUUUCGGCGGUAACCGUGGUGGUCGUGGCGGAUUUGGUGGAGGCCGUGGACGCGGUGGAUUUGGCGGAGGCCGAGGAGGAUUCGGAGGCAACCGCGGUCGCGGAGGAUUUGGCGGUGGUUCUGGAGAGUUCAAACGCAGAAACGAUGGCGGUGGCUUCGAAAUUGACGCUAAGAAACCCAAGUCUAUUGUCUUUAACGACUCGGAUUGA